UGACAAAUGAGGUGUAAGGACAAUGGAUGAGGAUGAGACAAGGCUUGCACUCCAUUCCCAGGAUCCUAAAAUCAUUCUCCAUGGAUCAGGUAAUGGCUACGUUUCACUGAGCAUUCAAGUAUUUCCCUGUACUGUUCUUUGUUAUGCACAAAAAUAAAACUUUUCUUAAAUGCUUUUUUUUUUAUAGCUAUUUUCUUUGUAAGAGUGCAUUCAUACAGUGGCUUAUGAAAGUAUUCAUACCUCUUGACUUAUUCCACAUUUUGUUGUUACAGCCUGAAUUCAAAAUGGAUGAAAAAUAUAUUUUUCUCCCAUCUACACACAAUACCCCAUAAUGACACAGUGAAACAUGUUUUUAGACAUUUCUGCACAUUUCUUGAAAAGGAAAUACAGAAAUAAUCUAAUUUACAUAAGUAUUCACACCCUUGAGUCAAAACAUGAUAGAACCACCUUUGGUGGUGAUUACAGCUGUGGGUCUAUCUGGUUAAGUCUCAAAAGAGAUUUGCACACCUGGAUUGUACAAUAUUUGCCCAUUAUUACACUCAAAAUUCUUCCAGCUCUGUCAAAUUGGUGGAUGGUCAUUGCUAGACAACCAUUUUCAAGUAUUGCCAUAGAUUUUCAAGCAGAUUUAUGUCAAAACUGUAAUUCGGCCACUCCGGAACAUUCACUGUCUUCUUGGCAAGCAACUCCAGUGUAGAUUUGACCUUGUGAUUUAGGUUAUUGUCCUGCUGAGAGGUGAAUUAAUCUCCCAGUGCCUGGUGGAAAGCAGACUCAACCAAGUUUUCCGCUAGGAUUUUGCCUGUGCUUAGCUCCAUUCAGCUAUUUUUUUUUAUCCUGGAAUAACUCCCCAGUCCUUAACGACUACAAGCAUAACCAUAACAUAAUGCAGCCACCACUAUGCUUGAAGAGUGGUACUCAGUACUGUAUUGUAUUUUCCCCAAACACAAACUUUGUAUUCAGGAUAGAAAUUUUGCUUUGCCACUUUUAAUAUUAAUUAUUAAUAUUAAUAUUAAUAUUUUCCUUCUUUUCAGUGUGUCAGUUAGGGUAGUAUUGUGGAGUAACUGCAAUGUUGUUGAUCCAGCCUCAGUUUUCUCCUAUCAUAGCCAUUCAACUCUGUAACUGUUUUAAAAGUCACCGUUGCCUCAUAGUGAAAUCCCUGAGCGGUUUCCUUCCUCUCUGGCAACUGAUUUAGGAAGGAUGCCUGUGUCUUUGUAGUGACUGGGUGUAAUACACCAUCCAAAGUGUAAUUAAUAACUUCACCAUGCUCAAAGGGAUAUUCAAUGUCUGCUUUUAUUUUUUUACCCAUCUACCAAUAGGUGCCCUUUGUGAGGCAUCGGAAAAUCUCCCUGGUCUUUGUGGUUGAAUCUGUGUUUGAAAUUCACUGCUCGACCAAAGACUGUAAAAAUGCGACCUGAUGCGUCUCUGCUUGACACUCAGCAUUAAGGAGAUAGAUUGGGAUGAGGGUGGUGCUGGAGGGGAGGAGUUUGUGGUGGAGCUGCAGGAGACGGUGCUUGUGUCGGAGGGGGAGGGGGAGGGAAUGGCGGUGCAUGGGUUCGCUCCAGAGGAGCUGGUGAUCCAGGAUGCGGUUGAGGACGUGGUGUCUGAGUAUGUGCACUGCGACGAGGACGAGGAGGUUGCUGUGGAGACAUGUGUGAUGUCGCUGGAGGGGGAGGACGAAGGCGUUGCCAUGGGGGACAUGGCUGAGGAUGAGAUGGUGGCAGACGGGCAUGCCCAGGAUGAACUGGACCCAGAGCAAGACACAGACGGCUGUGGGGACUACCUCAUGAUCUCCUUGGAUGAGGCAGGCAAGAUGGUGUCAGACGACGGCACAGAGGUGACUGUGGAGGGAGCCGUGGAGGACCAGGUGGAGAAGGACGAGGAUGGCCAGGAUGUGAUCAAGGUGUACAUCUUCAAGGCAGACUCUGGGGAGGAUGACCUGGGAGAAACGGAGGACGCGGCACUGACGGACUCUACAGGCCGAACGCUCCGAGAGAAGAUGGUGUACAUGUCUCAGGGGGACCAUGGUGCAUCAAAGAUAUCUGAUGAGGUUUACAUGGAGGUGGUGGUGGGGGGUGAGGAGCCAGUGACCCAUGAGCGGUCUUACGAUGGCACGGCUCUCAGUAAGGACUUCAUGCCUGUGGCUUGGGCAGCCGCUUAUGGUUCUGAGGACAGUGAAAGCUGUGAGAACCGGAACGGUGCCGCCAGUGCUCUGCUGCACAUUGACGAGUCAGACGGAGUGGACAAGGUCAGCAGGCAACGGAACAAGAAUAAGAGAACAAGGGCUGAGCCUCGCCAGGUCCAGACAGCCAUCAUUAUUGGUCCGUAUGGCCAGCCUCUGACCGUGUACCCCUGCAUGCUCUGUGGCAAGAAGUUCAAGUCGCGAGGCUUCCUGAAGCGCCACACCAAAAACCACCACCAGGAUGUCCUGACCAGGAAAAAGUACCAGUGCACGGACUGUGACUUCACCACCAACAAGAAGGCCAGCCUUCAUAACCACAUGGAGGGGCACACGCUGAGCAGCAAGGGUCUGUUUGAGUGUGAGGUGUGUGGCAAGGAGUUCCACCAGCAGGCGGUGCUCUUCUCGCAUCGAUUGCAGCACCACCACCGUGAGCCCAAGAGUCCGGUGCCUUCACAGGCCAACAAGAUGCACAAGUGUAAGUUCUGUGACUACGAGACUGCUGAACAAGGUCUGCUCAACCGCCACUUGCUGGCUGUCCAUAGUAAGAGCUUCCCCCACAUCUGUGUGGAAUGUGGCAAGGGCUUCCGGCACCCCUCCGAGCUGAAGAAACACAUGCGCACGCACACCGGCGAGAAGCCUUACUCUUGCCUCUACUGCGACUACAAGUCGGCUGAUUCCUCCAACCUGAAGACUCAUGUCAAGACCAAGCACAGCAAAGAGAUGCCCUUCAAGUGUGAGCGCUGCUUCCAAACGUUUGCUGAGGAGGAGGAGUUGCUGCAGCACGGGCUGACGCACGAGGAGGCCAAAACCCACCUGUGUGCCCACUGUGAACACAAGAGCUCCAACUCCAGUGACCUGAAGCGCCACAUCAUAUCGGUGCACACCAAGGACUACCCCCACAAAUGUGCCGUCUGCGAUAAAGGCUUCCACCGGCCAUCUGAACUGAAGAAGCACUCUGCGUUGCACCGUGCCAAGAAACUGCACCAGUGCCGACACUGCAACUUCAAGAUCGCGGACCCCUUUGUGCUCAGUCGCCAUAUCCUGUCGGUUCACACCAAGGAGCAACAGGCCUCUCCUGAAAAGAACGGGCCCAAAAGGACCUUAUUGGGGCCUUCCCCUGCCAGUCCACCGGUGGCAAGGAAGCAGGUGUUGGUACCUGGUGCUAGUUCUAGUGCUGCGGGCAUGGCCAAGGGGCCCAGGGAGAGGAGGGUGUACCAGUGUCAGUACUGUGACUACAGCUCUGGGGAUGCCUCGGGCUUCAAGCGCCAUGUGAUCUCCAUCCACACAAAAGACUACCCCCACCGCUGUGAGAUCUGCUCUAAAGGCUUCCGCAGGCCGUCGGAGAAGAGCCAGCAUAUCGCACGCCACCACAAGGACUUAGUGCAGGCAGAGUGACCCUGGCACAACCUACCCCUCAUACCACAACAAAAACACAGAUGGAACCACUACCACACCGUAAUCAAUUGUAUGUAUGUGUGUAUACUGAACAAAAAUAUAAAUGCAACAAUUUCAAAAUCGUUAAAGUUCAUAUCAGGAAAUCAGUCACUUGAAAUAAAUUAAUUAGGCCCUAAUCUAUGGAUUUCACAUGACUGGGAAUACAAAUAUGCAUCUGUUGGUCACAGAUACCUUAAGAGUAGGGGCAUGGAUCAGAAAACCAGUCAGUAUCUGGUGUGAGACCACCAUUUGUCUCAUGCAGCCCGACACAUCUUCUUCAGAUCUCACAAUGGUAUCUCUGCAUUCAAAUUGCAAUCGAUAAAAUGCAAUUUGGUGUUUGUUGUCUGCAGCUUAUGUCUGCCCAUACCAUUACCAUGGGGCACUGUUCACAAUGUUGACAUCUGCAAACCACCCGCCCACACGACGCCAUUCACAUGGUCUACGGUUGUGAGGCCAGUUGGACAUACUGCCAAAUAAUUUAAAAGAAAGUUGGAGACAGCUUAUGGUAGAGAAUUGAACAUUCAAUCUUCUGGGAACAGCUCUGGUGGACAUUCCUGCAGUCAGCAUGCCAAUUACACGCUCCCUCAACUUGACACAUCUGUUGUGUGACAAAAUGUUCCAUUUUAGAGUGGCCUUUUAUUGUCCCCAGCACAAGGGGCACCUGUGUAAUGAUCAUGCUGUUUAAUCAGCUUCUUGAUAUGCCACACCUGGCAGGUGGAUGGAUUAUCUUUGCAAAUGAGAAAUGCUCACUAACAAGGAUGUUGACAAAUUUGUGCACAAUAUUUGAGAGAAAUAAGCUUUUUGUGCGAAUGGAACAUUUCUUUUGACUUUCAAUUCAGUUCAUGAAACAUGGGACCAACACUUUUCAUGUUUAUAUUUUUGUUCAGGGUGUGUCUGUCUGUUCGCUGCAUUAACAUGGAACAUCUUCUGUUAUUAUUACCCCAGAGACUCUCAAGCUACCUUUUCUGCAACUGAAAAUGAAUAUAAGUGUACAUAUACCUGGGUAAAGCCUAUGGAAUCAGGUGACAAAGCCCUGUACAUACUUGCACUUUGUCUGCAUGUCCCCCUGCUGGUGAACGUGUGCAUUGUAGGAUGUGCAAGAGUCUGAGGUCUUUGUAGAUUCAUACAUUAGUUUUUACUCCACAGCCAACAGUCCAGUUAUUAAAGUAGCAACUUUUAAUCCUACUUUUACUUGUUGACACGCAACUAAGACUAAAUGUAAUCUACAAGCUGUAUUCACACAAUGAAAUGGACAUUCACCUGCUGUGAAAAAGCAGGUCCACUGUGCAGAGUGGUCGAGAUGAACUCUUAUUCGAAUAGCACUUGCCAAUAUAUUUAAUGAACUAUGAAUGCAGUAAUCAUGAACUUGUGAAUUACACCUGAUGCUUUGAAUGCUGA